GAGCACCGUCACAAAGGAGCAGAGCAGCAGCAGCGCAGGAGGAACGCCUCCAAACAUCUCAUCCUUUACGCGAAAAGCCCGUUGAUUGUAUGCGUCGCCUUUAAACACACAAAUUUUGGAAUUGGCAGGCAACCCAGUGUAGUAUUCGACCAGAGGAAAACGACCUCAUCCUGACCGACUAUCCGCCACAAUUUCGGGAAUAACCAAGGAGUUGUUGCACUCCCCGAGCGCAAGGCUUGCAUCGUGGCUCUUUCACAAGUGGCAUGUUCGAGGGAUACUGCGGACACAAUUGAACUCCUGCUUUCACCCAAAGAGGAUUCAAUGAAAAUGUCCGUGUGCGUCCAUGAGAACCGGAAAUCACGAGCCAGCACUGGCUCGAUGAACAUCUACCUUUUCCACAAGUCCUCCUAUGCUGACAGCGUCCUCAUGCACCUGAACUCUCUGCGACAGCAACGGCUUUUCACAGACGUCCUGCUUCAUGCCGGUAGCCGCUCCUUCCCCUGCCAUCGUGCCGUGCUGGCUGCCUGCAGCCGCUACUUUGAGGCCAUGUUCAGCGGCGGGCUGAGGGAGAGUCAGGCCAGCGAGGUCGACUUCCGUGACUCUAUCCACCCAGAAGUUUUAGAGCUCUUGCUGGAUUACGCUUACUCAUCACGUGUGGUCAUCAACGAGGAGAAUGCAGAGUCGCUACUGGAGGCUGGGGACAUGCUGGAGUUUCAGGACAUCCGGGAUGCCUGUGCUGAAUUUCUAGAGAGAAACCUUCACCCAUCUAACUGCCUUGGCAUGCUGCUGCUGUCUGACGCCCACCAGUGCACCAAGCUGUCGGAGCUCUCCUGGGGUAUGUGCCUCAGCAACUUUCCCGCUAUUUGCAAGACAGAGGACUUCCUCCAGCUGCCCAAAGAUAUGGUGGUGCAGCUUUUGUCACACGAGGAGCUGGAGACAGAAGACGAGAGACUGGUUUAUGAAGCUGCCCUCAACUGGAUCAACUAUGACCUGGAAAAGAGGCACUGCCACCUUCCAGAGCUCCUGAGAACGGUCCGUCUGGCCCUGCUCCCUGCCAUCUUUCUUAUGGAGAACGUUUCUACUGAAGAGCUGAUCAACGCCCAGCCCAAGAGCAAGGAGCUGGUGGAUGAAGCUAUCCGCUGUAAGCUGAAGAUCCUGCAGAACGACGGUGUUGUCAACAGCCCGUGUGCUCGUCCAAGAAAGACCAGCCAUGCCCUCUUUCUUCUGGGAGGGCAGACGUUCAUGUGUGACAAGUUGUAUCUGGUUGACCAGAAAGCCAAAGAGAUUAUCCCCAAAGCUGACAUUCCCAGCCCCAGGAAGGAGUUCAGCGCCUGCGCCAUCGGCUGUAAGGUGUACAUCACCGGUGGGAGAGGCUCAGAGAAUGGUGUGUCCAAAGAUGUGUGGGUCUAUGACACUGUCCACGAGGAAUGGUCGAAGGCGGCACCAAUGCUCAUCGCAAGGUUUGGCCAUGGCUCUGCGGAGCUGAAACACUGCCUCUAUGUCGUAGGAGGUCACACGGCAGCAACCGGAUGCCUCCCGGCCUCUCCGUCAGUAUCACUCAAACAGGUGGAGCAGUUUGACCCGGUGGCAAACAAAUGGACCAUGGUGGCUCCUUUGAGAGAGGGUGUGAGCAAUGCAGCAGUGGUCAGUGUCAAGCUUAAGCUCUUUGCAUUUGGAGGAACCAGUGUCACCCAUGACAAGCUGCCUAAGGUGCAGUGCUACGAUCCGCAGGAGAACCGAUGGUCCGUCCCUGCGUCCUGCCCGCAGCCAUGGCGCUACACAGCUGCUGCCGUGCUGGGAAACCAGAUCUUUGUCAUGGGCGGGGAUACAGAGUUCUCAGCAUGCUCGGCUUAUAAGUUCAGCAGUGAGAGCUACCAGUGGACUAAAGUGGGAGACGUCACGGCCAAGCGGAUGAGCUGCCAGGCUGUGGCGUCGGGGAACAAACUGUAUGUGGUUGGUGGGUACUUUGGCACGCAGCGGUGCAAAACUCUGGACUGCUAUGACCCCACACUGGAUGCUUGGAACAGCAUCACUACUGUGCCAUACUCGCUUAUUCCUACUGCUUUCGUCAGCACCUGGAAACAUCUGCCUGCUUGAGUCCUGAAACUCCUCUACCUUACACCCUUUCCAUAAGAUUUCCCUGUUUUGCAUCAUCUACUGGACUCCAACUGUGAAGAAGCACACAUUAUCUUCCACAAAAAGAGACACCGAGCAGUGAUGUACAGACACCCGCAUUCAUCUUGAUGUCGCAAAGAUGCAGAAACUGGACAAAAGCUGGACACUUAACUGGAACGAUGGCAUCUCUAGUUUCCGAGAAGGCGUGCAGUGCAUUCGUUCGCGCAAAGAAACCAAACAAACUGCUGCUUGUUAAGUGAGGCACAAACUCCAAACUUGUGACAUGCGUCAUAUCAGGCUUUCAUGCCGCCAUAAAAGGACUGCAAACACAUCACACAACCUGCAUUUUCUCCCAUUUAGUCAGGCUUGUGAGGAUCUAUAUUGAUGUUUUUUCUCUAUGAUACAAAAGAAGAAAAUACUUUUCAUCAAGGCUGCAUUGUAUAGCAUGAUGGAUGUUCUAUUUAGAUUGCGGGAGAAUGCAAUGAUUGGUGUGCUAAAGAACAGUUUGACUGAUUUUUGCUGAUUUUUAAAAGGCACAAUGAAGGAGCAAAUCUCCCCGUUCUCUCCUCUAAUAAGCUCUUUUGUUUGAACCAUUGUUUCUUCUUCUUUGAAAGCUUCUUACAGCACACAAACAAACCUCUGAGUAUUCGUCUUAGGAAGCAGUUUGCUGUCACUGCAAGACACGAGGUGUUGACACCAAACACCAGCUGAGGUUGAGGAGGACGGAGGGGAUCUGUGUGUGGACUGUUGAGGGGGUCGAGGUGCACCGGGGUCACGACCUUAUGUGUUUGCUGUUUCGCAGCUACCCAUUAAGCGCUGGUUAACUGACCCCGCAGUACACAGGGGCCGUAUUCAGUGUUUGAAUCAAGUGCUUCAGAAAGAACACUGUCACAUUCAGCUGUACACUUAAUGCUGUAAUAGACCAUCCAUGCUUCUGAUGUUCUGAUCAAAGCGGCGGACUUGCUUUGCUAAGUCAUAGCUGAACCCUUUCUCAAGCAUGUCCACUCAUAGUGAUUCAGUAAAACUGGCAUGAACUCUUCUCUGUGGUCCCAGAAGUCUUGUCACCUUAACCUAAACUGAGAACUCAUCAGUUUCUUUUAUAAAACUCGCUGCAAUGUAGUCUUAAUUUAUAUAAAAAAUGAUUACUCUUGUUUUGUUAAUAUGUUUAAUCCUAUUUAUUUCUUCUCUGCCUGCAUUCUUAUGUGAAUGUAUGUUCGGGUUGUGUCAUGCAUGGCCAGGUGUUUGUGUUUUAUUUGAUCUCAGUUGGGCUGCAUUUUGCACAAUUCAGUCUUUUUCCAGGAGGAACUUGUUUGAAAAGUGAACCUCUCUUAGAGUGUGGAUGGGAGAGGGAGAACGUCUCAGAUUACUGAUGGUGUGACGCAGUUUAGGCCACAGGGUCGCUGCCCAAAUUAGAAGACUGAACAGGGUUUUCAUUUUUUACUUCUGUUAGAUUCUCUUUAAGCUCUAACCAGGGUCCGAACCUGUCUUAAAUCGUCCCAUCAGGGGCCCAUGUUGUACCAACAAAACAAGAAAAUAUGAACCAUAAAACAGAUCAGGCUGCUUGAACGGUGCAGUGUGUGACCCAGUAACUAACCCUGACAUGGUUAAAGAAUGCGACGUCUUUGCAGCUGUCCUUGGGACAGCUGGGGGACUGUCACAUGUGCUAAGCUGGCUCUUUGGGGUGUUAACCCACAGUCUUCUUCACCAUUAGGUUGAGAAAGAAUCCCGUAAGCUGUGCAUUUAUAAGGGCAGACACCGCAGUGCUUUUCACCAUAGUGUCAAUGAUGCACAUGAAAAAGAGAAGAAGAAAAAAAUGUUGCAAGUUCCUAAAGACCAAAAAGAAAGAAUGUCUUAAAAGCCAUGUUUCCACCAAAUACUUUCGGUAUAGUACACUUAGAACUGGUAUAUAACCUGUACAGACUUUUACCUAAACUGGAGAUCUGUUCAGCGUUUCCACUGCAGACAGUACUCUUAAAUCUAAAUGGGGUUGUUCCCAGAUGGUAAUAGCUGUGUCACCGCUCCAUUCAACUCUGUUUGAAUGUUUUCAAACACUGUUUUUCCUUUUAAAGGGCGAUGCAGAGGAAUGUCGGCACCUCGCCUACGUAACGGUUGUGCACUGACAUUUUUAGAACAAAAAUGACAAUUCUCUCUUGACCAACCAAUGGACUGCCCACCUGGCACCACAGGUCAAUAUGAUGUAAAGAUGUUGGACUUAAAUGUUAAAUUUCGGUUAAAUUGAAACCAGGUUGACAACAUUUUAAAUGUCGGCAGCAUGAGAAUUUCAUGCUUCGUGGAUGUUAUGCCAU